AUGACGGAUUAUUCAAUUGAUCGCCAUGUUGAUUCAGACACUCGCUUCACCAGGGGUAUGUGGGAAACCAAACAAGGUGUGAACAUUAACUGGGCUGCUGAAGGAGUCAAAACUGAAGUCCAAGAACAAUCUUCCAUUUAUUCUGUGGCUUCCACAAAGAAUAUUAGACAUCGUGGUGAUUAUCUCAAUGUUGCUACUAUUAGCACCAAGAUAUCUUCGCCAAGGAAAGGAAUCAUUGGAGUUGAAUCCUAUCAUCAUCUUUCUCCUUAUUUAAACUCCAAGGAAGCGAGGUUUGAUACUUUAAGUGAGAAAACACAAUGUUCUGCAUCCGUUACUGAAGAAGGAGCAAUUGUCACCGCUGAAGGAGGUAUAUCUGCAAGACUCCAAAACAAGCCCUUCAAUAUUGAUUUUAUUGGAGAGGAUUUACAGCUAUUAACUAAACUUGGAUUUAGAUCCCUUGGCCAUGUUCUAGAUUCAAGGUAUCCUAGAAAAACAUUGAGUGCUAACAGAGCAUCUCCCUAUAUGACCGCUCAACUCCACCUUUCUGUGGGAGAAAAGGUCUUUGGAUUGGGGGAAAGAUUUGGUCCCUUUGUUAAGAAUGGCCAAAGAGUCGAAAUAUGGAACGAGGAUGGAGGUACUUCAUCAGAAUGGACAUAUAAGAAUAUUCCUUUCUAUAUGUCAAACCGUGGUUAUGGGGUUUUUGUUGACUCAACCUCCAAUAUUAUUUUUGAAGUUCAAUCAGAACGUACCACUAGGGUUAAUAUUACUGUUCCAGGAGAAGGAAUCCGUUUUUAUAUAGUUUAUGGACCCGACCCUAAGAGUAUAUUACAAAGAUAUGCCCAAUUUACUGGAUUUCCAGCUCUUCCACCAGCCUGGACAUUUGGCCUUUGGCUCACUACUUCAUUUACUACAAAUUAUGAUAUGAAAACAGUUAGUUCUUUUAUUAAAGGAAUGCAUGAUAGAGGAAUUCCUUUACGUACUUUCCACUUUGAUUGUUUUUGGAUGAAGGGGUUCCAAUGGUGUGACUUUGAAUUUGAUGCUGAGUUUUUUCCAGAUCCUAAAGUAAUGCUUAGAAAACUUAAAGAUGAAUUCGGUAUUAAAAUUUGUGUUUGGAUUAAUCCUUAUAUUGCGCAAGAAUCAGCAUUAUUUAAAGAAGCAGUUAAAAAUGGAUAUUUGAUUAAGAAUAAAAAUGGCGAUGUGUACCAAACUGAUCGUUGGCAAGCAGGUAUGGGAAUUGUUGAUUUCAGUAAUCCAGGUGCAUAUAAGUGGUUUCAAAAAAAGCUUUCAGACUUAGUAGAUAUCGGUGUUGAUAGUUUUAAAACAGAUUUUGGGGAACGGAUUCCAUGCAAAGACAUAGAAUUUUAUAGUGGUGAAGAUCUGGUAUCAAUGCACAAUUAUUACACACUUUUGUACAAUAGAUCUGUUUUUGAAGUACUUGAAAAAAAUUAG